AUGGACCUGAAGGUUCUGCAGACGUACACACUCUACGAAGGGCUGCCUUGGCUGGAUUUGGACAACGAAGUGGACGUUCGGACGAAGGAUAACUUUGAAUUGGCUCUCAGAUUCAGCACUUCUGUGAACAGUGGCGACGAGUUCUUCACCGAUCUGAACGGAAUGCAAAUGAUCAAAAGGAGGAGGCAGUCGAAGUUGCCAACUCAAGCUAACUUCUAUCCGAUGUCUGCUGGAGUCUACAUUGAGGACGAGAGCACCCGCAUGACAAUCCACUCGGCUCAAGCCCUCGGAGUCAGCAGUCUAGCAUCCGGGAAAGUGGAGAUAAUGCUCGAUAGACGUCUCAGUUCCGAUGACAAUCGAGGAGUCGGGCAGGGAGUCCGAGACAACAAACGGACGGUCGCCCAUUUCCGAAUCGUCGUCGAACCGAUGGCGCAGGGCGGAUCGAACAAGGACGAAAGAGUCGGUUUUCAUUCGGCAGUCGGUCAUCUUGCCACGUGGUUCCUUCACUAUCCAGUUGUGAAAAUGAUCGGAGAAGCGACCCCCAAAUCCAUUUCCUCGAAGAAUCUGGAGCAGGAGCUGAACUGCGACUUGCACGUGGUUACUUUUAGGUAAAACAGCUUUCACAAACGUGUUCUUCAAGAAAAUUAGUUUCAGAACGCUCGCGUCACCCACAACCUACGAUGCAAACGAGAGCUCGACCGCGGCGGAGAAGAAGGCGGCUCUCGUAAUGCACCGGGUAGUCCCCGACUGCAGAUCCCGCCUCGCUCUGUCCAGCACUUCUUGCCUCGCCACCGGAUUCCAAAUCGAACCCCUAAAACUGAUCUCAACUCUAAAAUCCGCGAAAUCGACUUCGCUCACCAAUCUGUACGAAGGCCAAAAGGCCGAACAGUUCCAGCUUCAGCCGAAUGACGUGUCCACCAUUCUUGUCUCAUUUUAA